GAGGGGAAGAGAAAGAGGUCUAAAAGCAAGGCGCUUAUGAGCGCGCGGAGAGAGAAGCACUGACUGAGAAAUAAAUAAGGACAUCCGUGUCAUUUGCGCUCAUAGAGAAGUCGGAUUUUAUUGAACAUUCCUAGUUACAAACCUUUCCGAUUGUGGGACCCACAACUUGCCUUCUUUCAGAAACUUUCUGCCUUUGUUUUCUUGACUCGAUUUAUUUAUUGGUGCUUUUGUGGCUUUAAGCACAAAGUCAUAGGACUGUGCUGGACUAUAUUUACCUAGUAUAAAAACAACCUGCCAAAGUGAACAACUCGGAUUAAAAAGAAGAUCAGGCGACACGUUUGGAGACGUUUUCGCGUUCUGACAGACUUAUAGGUAUGUCUGUAGAAGAUCGUCCAACUCUGGACAGGUAACCUGGUGUCACUGUUGCCAUGGCAACACAGCUGCUGCCGUUGUUGCCUGCCCUCCUCAGUGUCCUCCUCGUUCCCUGGACAGCGGCCCAGGACGUGGAUUGGCAUUUUGACACUGCUAAGUGUCGCUACGCUCUGGGGAUGGAGGACCGCACCAUACCUGACUCCGACAUCACUGCAUCCAGCGCCUGGUCCGACUCGACCGAGGCCAAACACGGCAGGUUGAGUACUGGAGAGGGGGACGGGGCAUGGUGUCCAGCUGGUCCGGUGUUCCCCAGCAGCUCCGAGUACCUGCAGGUGGAUCUGCGCAAGCUUCAUUUCCUGUCUCUGGUGGGCACACAGGGUCGCCACGCAGACGGGCUCGGGCGGGAGUUUGCACGGAGCUACCGGCUGCGAUACUCUCGUGACGGACGACACUGGAUGACGUGGAAGGACCGCCGGGGACAGGAGGUGGUGACAGGUAAUGAGAACACAUAUGACGUGGUCCUGAAGGACCUGGGUCCACCCGUCAUAGCUCGCAUGGUGCGCUUCUACCCGCUGGCAGACCGCGUGAUGAGCGUGUGUCUAAGAGUUGAACUGUACGGUUGUGUUUGGAAGGACGGGCUGAAGGCGUACACUGCUCCGGUGGGUCAUGUGAUGGACCUGUCAGGCACUCCUGUCUACCUUAAUGACUCCGUCUAUGAUGGCAGUAAAGAGGAAGGGGUGAUGUUCGGAGGAUUGGGCCAGUUGUGUGAUGGUGUUUUUGGUGGGAAUGAUUUCAUGGAGAGUAAAGAGCUGAGAGUGUGGCCGGGAUAUGAUUAUGUGGGCUGGAAUCAAGAAACCCUGGGCCAGCCCACUGUUGACAUUGAGUUUCACUUCGAGAAAACACGGGUCUUUCACACCAUGCAGGUGCACAGUAAUCACAGACACACUCAGCACGUGCGGGUGUUCAACGAAGUGGUGUGUGAGUUUAAGGCCAGUCUGCUGAGCCCGUGGGCAGAGCCUGCGCUCAGUCUUCAAGUGCCGCUGUCUGACCUACACGACCCGUCGUCCCGCACCAUCUCACUGCCACUCGGAGGACGACCAGCGCAAAUUCUGCGCUGCCGUUUUUCUUUCAGUGACCGCUGGCUCCUCAUCAGCGAGAUAAGCUUCUAUUCGAUGCCUUUUGAGGAUGGAUACUUCCUUCCUCCUCUGCCUUCCUCCAGCAGUCGUCCUGUCAAUGCUUCUUCUCCUCACACCCCCAGCCCCACAAACGGAACCAGCAGCCCCUCCGAGUUUCCUGCCGUCACUCUGAGGGCCGGGUUACCUGUAGCCAAAGAUGACAGCAGCAACACGCCCAUCCUGAUUGGCUGCCUUGUUGGGAUUAUCCUGCUCCUAUUGGCUGUCAUAGCUGUCAUACUUUGGAGGCAAUACUGGAAGAAGCUACUUGGCAAGGCACAAGGAAGCCUCUCUAGUGACGAGCUGCGGGUUCAUCUUUCGGUUCCAUCGGACAGCGUGGUGAUCAAUAACACUAACACACACACAUACUCCAGCCGCUACCAGCGCAUACACACCUUCCCCGAUGACCGGGACCGCGACGGAGAAUACCAGGAGCCCAGCACUGUACUGCGGCCCCGAGAGCAACGUGACAGCACAGCACUGCUGUUAAACAACCCAGCAUAUCAUCUCCUCCUGUCUGACCUGACACAUGGCCCCAACAGGCUGACAAACUGCCACAGCCAGCGAGAAAAGCCCCAAAACCUGUCCCAGGGUAAGAGAGAGGGGUUCAUUCUGCCCCAAAAAUGGGCAAGGGGUGGUGUCCUCCCCAGGGAACAUUUUGAAGUGCCCUGAACUCCUAACGGUAACAGUUAGUGAUGUAAGCCCCCAGAACAGCACAGAGGAUAUUAAACAUAAAAGGGUGUUUCUUUAAGUGUGUUUUUGGGACUUGGAAGUCUUGGAAGCUUUUAGUGGUUUACCCUUGUCCCAGACCUAAACGUCAAUUACAAUAUAAAAUCCAUCAUGAAUUAGUACGUUUAGAACUAAGAUGACCUAACAGAGUGAAAUAAACAUUAAUUGUUAAGCGAUUUAAUGCUUUGGCCUCAAGUUUUUUUUGUUUGUUUAGUUUUUUUAUCUGUUGUUACUUUCAUUGCCAGCGCAACAACAAACAUUUUUGUAAAUUAUAACGUUUAUUGAAAUUUAAUGUACUUGUUUACCUUGGAGUUAGUGGAGUUCAUGCUUAAGUUGGUAUGCAAAUAAAACAUGAAAAACAAA